AUGUUGCUCAGCAUUUUCGAUUCUGAGCACUAUGUCAGGCUUUCGAGGCAUGCAACAGAUAACAUAAGCGGAGCAUGGCGAAUAAAUCCGCCGUCUUCGCCUGGUGUUGUGGAAAUCGAGGAAAUGAGAGCUAUCAUGACCUCUGUACGAGAGUCGGCAAAUGGAACGAUUGACGAUAUCACAAGGAACCUCGAGAAUUUUGGGAACGAUAAUAAUUGGAAGAGAGAAACAAUAUCAAUCGCAGCCUCUUUGGUUACCAUGAUGAAAAUUCGGCUUACGACGAUGCCGCAGCCGGAACCGCCAAUAUUGUGGACAACAGGAUCGUCCUUAAUGAAAGUGGUCGCAGAAACUUUUCAGAGACAAUCCCCGGAAGUAAUCAAUGGCGCAAUUGACUACAGGUUUACAUUGAGUAACCUGGCGGUUUACUACAACUGUAGCAUUCUAUGGACGGAUCGACUGGAUCGGCAUCUGGAAAUCGAACUCAAUCGGCGAACAACGGUCAUUAUGGUAUACCAACACAAGAUAUGGCUCUCGGCGCAUUCAAGACAAGCAGAAAACUGUAUAGUGCCACAAGAGAUCAUCUGUGAAGCUUUGGAUACUCUCAAUCUUCUCUUUCCACACAAUGACCGCUGCACAGAAUCCUUCCUCAGGAAGCAGAAACAAAUAUUCCACCACUUGGGCUACUGCGGUCGAGAGAGAAAACUUGAGUUGGAAAGUUAUCCUUACUGGGGAUGCAAGAUCAAGAAGCUCAUUGAGAUUUCCGAAGGCAAGAGGAGCGGAAUUUGGCAAUUCGUUCCUGACUCUAAGGGAUUCAAUUUGAUCGAGUCGGCCAACUUCUGGAUCGCAACUGCUGCCGCUUUUCUCGCAUUCGUAGGAUUUGUACUCGGUCUCACGUCUAUCGUUUACGCAAAGUGGUCAUACGACGUCGGUGUCAAAUCAAUGGCUAUUUCAGAAGAGUCGCUUGAAUUGACAAGGCUUCAAUAUCAGCUGUCACUAGCCCAGGCCUGUUCAGAUUCGAAUGAAGCAAGGUUGUUGCCGGACUUUUGUUCGGCGGAGGAGUGA